GCUGAUGACUGCUGAGGGGAGGGUACGUGUGAGGCGCAGUACGCCGGAUCCCCCAGCAGGUGGCGCCCGCUGACCUACCGCUCCUGCACGGGGAGCCCAUGACAGCGCUGUUACCCGCCAUGGGCGGCGGGGGGCGCCAGAGGCGCGGGCGGAAGCAGAGCGGCGUUUCCGGUGCACAGCGGGGCGGCCAUAUUACAGGAUUUUUUUUUACUUUUUUAUUAUUUUGCGUGUAACAGCGGCAGCUGCCGGGCGAGCGGGGAGUCACCGACAGGGGGAGCGGCGCCCGGCACACAGCAGAGCUCUGUCAAACCAAGGUACACUGCAAACUGAUGCCAUGAAUGUUAAGAAGGCUGCAAUGGAGGAGAAAGCGGUCUGCUCCUGGUCACGGCUCUCCUCCGCUGGGAAGAGCGCUCUGGAAGAAGCCUUGAGGGUUUUCAACCCAAUGUCCGAAGACCUGACAGACACUGAGACGCAACUGGUGACCUUCCUGCAAGGCCUCCGCGAAGAAGGCUACCAGCCCACGAUUCUUAGCAGCAAAGAUGUCUACGGAUACAAAUCAACCACAGCCCAUACGCCACCUGGAUCGAAGCGUCCUCCCAAAACCACUUCUAAAGCAUCUUCAAAAACUCAGUCGAAAAACACAGCCUGCAAGUUGACCGCCCGGACCUUGGCUAUUUCUUUAAAUGCUGCUAAAAUUGCAACAAAGCCUCCGCCUAAAAAUUCUGCAAACGUAUUCUUGAGCUCGUUAAAACAAUCUGGCUCGGCGAAAUCACAAGUCUCAAGCGUUGGCUUUCCUUCCGAAAUGUAUCCUGGCGUUUUCCCCGCGAUGAGACUGUCGGUCGUAUUAGAAGCAUUAGUACCAUUUAAAGCAACUGCCUCCUCUUUGGAAGCAAGCCUUAAGCAACGGAAUAUAGUCGUUGCGUCCAAACAUAGCUCCAAGGGGAAAAACAAAAAGGCCUACCAGUGUUUAGUGAAACAGGCGCCGAAUGGGGCACUUUUGCACGGAACUAAUGUCAAACUUCUAAAGGAGAACCACGCCUGUAAAGCUUUUGGGAUUUUGAACGGGAGAAUCCUGCUGCAUUCUAUCCCCUGCUGCAAUGGUAUGACCCAGACCAAACCAGCCUCUAAUGUACAGACAAAUGGGAAACGCCUGCAGGGUAAGAAACGGAAGCAGAGUAAGGUUCUUCAGGAAGCGCCGGCUAAUAAGAAAAUAAAAAUUGUCAUUCCGUUGACUAAAAAGUCGACUUUUGAUAAAAACAAAUAUAACUUGCUGAAGUCUAAAGUUAUCAAAGUAGACAAAUCAUUCUCCGAUGAGGAGGUAAGGAGGAAAGCCCAACAUAUAUUAAAAGUCAACCUCUCUCCAGUUCUCCAAAUCCAGCCUUUGUUCCUUGACCUCCAAUAAAUAGUUUGUCGUCUCCUCUGAAGUACUGUAUCUUUCCCCCCCAACGCUUCCAAAUGUCGAAGCUUUGCAAACCUAUCCCGAUAUUUUCUUUUUUCCUUUUUCUUUUUUCCUUUUUCUUUUUUUUUCUUCCCUCCUUAAACGAAAGCUGCUGUUUUGGAAUCCUCCUCUCCUUUAGUUCCGUGGCCAUUUUUAGUCACUUUAUUUUUUACAGUAUACCUGCGCGCAAAUGCUACCGAACACACACAAACAUGUUUCGCAAACAGAUGAUUGAGGGAAAAAAAUCUAUAUAUAUCUAUAUGUACUGAAACCCGGGUCACAAAUGUCUCUUUUGCAGUCCUAGCAAGUUUUGAUACAUGGCAAUAUGUAUAUUUUGUGCAAUAGUUAAGAACAUUUUCCUAAGGUUUAUGCACUGUGAUUUUGCUUCUAUGUAUUUUCUGUUUAUUUAAUUGACUAGAGACUGUUGUACAAAAUUUUAUUUUUUACUGUACUGACUUGGACUAAGGUGGCAGGGUGGCUUUGCUGAAACUUAAAUUUAGGGGCAGAUAUACGAUAUAGGAAAUUGGGUACAGAUUAAUUGGGCAUAUCAUUAUGAUCUGAAUGAAAAUGGCUGAGACAGAUUUAUAAAUAUUUUAUUUGCCAUGUCGGAGCCGUGGAGCGUAAAUAAAUCCAGACAGAUCACUGAUUUAAUGUUAGUGCUGCUGAAGUGUCUGACUUGCUCUCUGCUUGACAUUGGGGUCUGCGGUGAACAGAGACUGUGACCCAAAUGUCUCUGUCCAAUGACUAAUAUACAAUCAAAGAUGUGUAAACUAUUGGCACCUACUUUACAAAACUUUCAGCAAAGCCGCCAGCAUAAUUUAGGCCUCAGGAACAUUGCGGCAGUUUUAGCCCGGUCGGUGGUAACCUUUGCUCCUUCCCAGGAGUGUGCGGCCAUUAUUUUGGCUUGUAUCCAAAGGAAGAGAACCAUUGAAUGAAAGGGCACCGUUCUCCGAUGCAAAAAGUGACAGCAGUAGUAUUUAGGUGUAAUAAUGCAUAAUAAUGGCAGGGUUUCAACCCCAAUAUGAAAGGUUAUGGCAUUCUCUGUAAGGGUUAGAUGAGCAUCGGACUGGCAGUGUACACCCAGUGUUCAUUAAACUGUACUAUGGGCAUCAUUCUGUACUGAAAACUCGCUGCAGUUCUUGGCAGCGCAGCAAUCGGGUCAGAACUGCGCAUGGCUGAUGGCUGUGGUUGCCUAGCGAUCGCCUCUGCCUGAUUGACUGGGAGGGGGCGGCGUUUGGCCGCUGUUUUGUGGGCUCGGUUCGGCCAACGCAGGCAUGGCCAAACCGUGCGGGCCGCAGCGGCUGCGUGGAGCUGCGCUGGCUGGGAGUUACUCUACAAGUAUUAAAGCAUCGCCGCUGUGCAGUGCGUUUGUACUUGUGGGGGGGUAGCCCGGCCUGACAUGCGGGGCGGACUAGCCCUGUGCUGGGUGUCCCCCCGCAUGUCGGGGAAGAUGAUCGUAGCUGUGCUAAAUUUAGCACAGCUACCAUCAGGUUGGAAUGACCCCCUCUAACACAGUCCGUCACACGGGCCUUGUAGGAUGAGGGACUACGUUCUGUCCCAUUGUCCUUUGCUCAUUUCCUUAUACUGUCCAUGUUCAUAGUCUGAUGCCUUUAUAGUGUGGGUAUGAGUGACCGGAGCAUACCGGGUACCGGGCUAAAACACUGUUGUGUCUAAGGCAUUAUUCAUUUCUAAAGUCUUCAAAAGUGUACCUUCCGUUGCCGAAGAGAGAAAUAUUUUUCUAUCGUUUCCUUGAAGUGUUUUUAUUUUUACCGUGCCUCUGUCGCACAGAGUGGAGGCAGCCAUCUUUGUGGCCACUAACUAUAUCCGUGAGAAUGCCGUUUCCUAACUUGUAAUGUUGCUUAGGGGCGCUUCGCGAAUCCAUGCGAGCCGUUGCCUCGAGCCGCAAAGCGUCUGCCUCCACUUCCUGUAAAUUCUGUGAUUUACCGUUAAUGCAGGCUAUUUUUAUACUUGCUGUAGUUUUGUCUUGCCAAUGUACGUUACAGGUAACUGGUUAAUUUAUCAUCUUUUAUAUUUAUCAUCUGCCUACAAAAGCAGCCAUGUCUGUUUAAUAAAAAAAUGUAGGGAAUUUC